UUUUAAUUUAUUAAUUCAUAAUUUAAUUGUAUUGUGUCAUUUAUAAAAGUUUGAUCAUUAUUUACAUUAACUAAACAAAGGUAUUAAUAUUCAUUGAUAAAAUGCUUAUGAAUUUAGAAUACCAAACAAAACAAAAGCAAUUUAACAAACAUAAUCAUAGUAAUAAUAGUCAUGAUGGUAUACACAAUGAAGGAACAGAUCGGAAACGUUUUUAUAUCAAGGUUCUUAUUGUAUUUCUUUCUCAAGUAUUUCUAUUGAAUUUAGUAUUCUACAUCUUUGAUUAUAUACCAAUAUUAAAUCAAUGGAUUGGACAACAUAUAUGGUCAAUGUAUUUGUUAUGUUUACUGAAUGGUUAUAAUGCAGUGAUUCUUUUAAAAGUUCCAACUAUUGAACGAUUCUUCCCUCUUAAUGUAAUUAUUCUGAGUAUUUUUACAAUCUUCCAUUCAUCCAUUGUGGUCACUAUUACAUAUCAAAAUGCUACAGUUGAUGAUGCUAUUUCAUUUAUCAUUGUUUUGCUAACAUCAACAAUUCUAUUCAUCAUUACAACAAAAUAUUCCUAUGAUAUAACAGUCUUUUUCUAUCAAUAUUUCUAUGUAUUUAUAGUAGCACUGAUAGUUUUACCUAUUUUUACUUUAAUAUUUACUUUCAUUGGAUUUGAAAUGCUAACGAGUAAAUUGUUCAUGGUAUUCACUUUUAUACACUUUCAAUUUUUCACAAUCAUCACAGCUCAAACACUUCAAGGUGGUCAUGAUGUUGAAGUAGAAAUAGAAGAUUAUGUUCUAGGAUCAAUGCAAAUGUUCAUUGUAAUUUUAUGUUCAUCAUUAUCAUUAUCAACAUUAUUUGAAAGAAAUUUCAUUGAAGAAUAUGAUUUGUUUAAAACAAUAUUUUUAAUAUUCAAUAUUCCAUUAGUAUAUUUUUCUAUAUUGGUUAAUGAAACUAAUCUCAAAAGUAAACUAAACAAUCAUAUGGAUAAAACUACUCAUUAACAUGAUACAUUACAGUAUGAAAUCAUUAAAUGGAAAAGUAGUUUUUAUGAUUUCAUUUACUAAUAAAUCCUUUCCAAUUAUUA